AUAAAUAUCAAGCGGUGUAGAAGAGAAGGCAGUCAAUCAGAAAAUUGAGGUGCUGAAAAAAUUCAAAUAUGGCCGGAUUAUUUGACAAACAGGCAAAAUUGUAUGCGGAGGGGAGGCCGGAUUAUCCAUUCGAGCUCUUUGAAUUCAUUGCCUCGAAGACGGCCGAUCAUGAUCUUGUAUGGGAUGUCGGCACCGGAAGCGGCCAAGCCGCCGUUUCGCUAGCAAAUCUAUACAAGAACAUAGUAGCAACUGACAUUAGCCAACAACAACUCUCCUUUGCACACCCACACCCAAACGUCCGCUACCUCCACACCCCAUUCUCGAUGCCUCCUACGGACGUCACGCGCGCAAUUGCACCACAAGGGAGUGUCGACCUUGUGACCGUGGCCCAAGCCUUGCAUUGGUUUGACCCCAACACCUUCUAUCAACAAGUAAAGUGGCUCCUCAAGAAGCCUGGAGGAGUUUUUGCAGCUUGGUGCUACACUUUGCCUAAGGUGAAUGAAGCUGUGGAUUCCAUAUUGGCGAAUUUAUAUACAACUUCUGACCAUUUUUGGGCCUCAGAAAGGAAGCUUGUUGAUGCAGAGUAUAGAACUUUGGAGUUCCCAUUCGAGCCUGUAGAAGGAGAAGAGCAUACAGGGCCAUUUGUGUUUGAACGAACUAGAGAGAUGGAUCUGGAAGCAUUUUUGACAUGGAUUAGAACAUGGUCGGCCUAUCAAACGGCUCAUAUGGAGGGAGUUGAGCUCCUCAGUGAAGAAGUGGUGAAGAAGUUUGAGCAAGCGUGGAAAAAUAGUGUUGGAAAGGAUGCUUUAGCUCGGUAUCCAAUUUUCCUCCGAAUAGGACGGAUACCAAUGUGAAUGAUGUUGGCUUCGUCUUCUCUUUUUCCUGUUUUCUUUCCCAUAUUUUUCCUUUUAUUAUGGCAUGAAUCUCUUUGUUUUAUUUCAGAAGAUAUUAGGCUCUCCAUUGAUCAUUUCCCUUUAUUCUAUUUGAGGGUAUAACUUGUUCAACUUGGUAAUUCUAUUUCAGUCCUUUGGAGUUGUCAGUUACCUCCAUGUACGGUGUCAGGUAACAACUUCCAAUUUUGAAGGAGUAUUACGCCUUCCCAUUAAAUUUAUUUUGGUGUUUUAGUUUUAUUAUGAAUAAUCAACUCAAAUAGAGUCGUAAAA